ACGAAACCGUCCAAAUAUGGUCACACAGCUGUAACCAAAAAAUUAAAUAAACAAACAUCGCAUAAUCAUGUCCAGCGGAUUCGCACGUAGCUCAUACAAGUUGUUCGUGGGCAAUCUCCCGUGGACCAUCAGCAGCAAGGAGCUGAAAACCUACUUCUCCCGCUACGGGCACGUGGCCAAUGCUGAAGUGGUGUUCGACAAGCAGCAGGGACUGUCAAAGUACUACGGAUUCGUGGUCUUUAGCCAGCGGGAUGCCUACAACAGCGCCAGCAACCAGAACACCCACUUCCUCGAGGGCAGAGUACUCAACGUGCAGCGUGCCAACGAAAGUCAAUAAAUUAAUUUGAGGAAUAGAUUUCUUAGAGUU